GGAGAAAGUUCGACCUCUUGUGCUCAGUCUUCAGCAAAUGCCCAACUUGCCGGAGAUUAUAAGAAACUGAGAAAACUUUGCUUCAUUUGCGAAAGAUGAGAUGUGAAAUUGUUAUUUCCCAGUUCCUGAACAACAGGGACGGUGGCAGAUCAGUUGGCAAACCACGUCAAGGUUGGAAAAAUGAGAUUCUCAACAUCAAGAAGUGAAAGAUGCGUUUUUCCAUCCAACUCACCAGUCACAACCUGCUUUGGAAUGCAAUGUAGUGGAAAUAUUUGUAUUAAAAAUCCAGUUAUUACCAGAAGCUUUGAAUUCUUGACUUCCGAAUGGAAAAUGUUUGACAAAACAGAUUCUAAACAAACAGAUAACUCAGCCAUCUCCCAGGAUUCUACUACUGAUCGACUGCUUGAUCUUUCAAAUAAGGUUUUGCCACAAACAUUUGAAAAUUGUCCAGAUGCAAGAAGACUUAAAAUAAAUACAUUAUCUUCAAAACUGUGUCAUGCACAGGAGGUGAUUGCACUUAAAUGCCCGACAUCUAUACUGAGGAGGAAAUCCAAAAUGACACAAAAUGCAGAUGGUUGCAUUUCUCACAGAACAAGAACUGAAAGAAGAGUUCGAUUUCGAGAAUUGGAUGAGAUAAUUUUUGACACUAACAGCAAUAAUCCCCAUUUGCCGGCAAUGCUUCUUAAAUUAUCGAUCAUCGUUUUGCUGAGUCUGGUGAUCGCAUUGCUCUAUCAUAGCAAGUCAGCAACAGUUAUCGCUGAUCAGCUUCAGUCAACACUCAACAAUGUUUUCAUGGAAAUGAAGAAUCUGACGUUCAGCUGGUUGACUCAGAGUAGGAAAAAUUAAGAUAUUCAUGAAUGACAUUGGCAUCAGAGAAACUUUGUUUGAAAGGAUUCUUAAUGAUCUUCGAGUACAAAUACAAAGAUGUCUACUGCAAGCAACCAUUGAACAACAAUUGGCAGUGGCUUGAAAGAUUCAACCACAGGAGAAAGUAAUCAGAGCAAAAUACCACCUUCAAGCAAAAAUAAUGAGCUUCGAAAGCGCUGCUUUAAAUUGCUGUCGUUAUCAAAAUUUUGUGAUUUGCUUGAAUAUCAAUCCAUUAGCUAUGUUCAGCAUUACAAAUUGAGUUGACUGCACUGGUAAGCAAUAGCUUCAGUGAAAACAGUGACUUGAAGUAAAAACCUUUCAUUACAAUAUAUGGAGAGAUGGAAGGUUCCUACCUGCCUGCUUACCAAAUAGCCAGCAGCAAGUUAUUGCCUCAAUCACUUUAUUUCAACCAUUUAACUUGGGUUGGCAAAAAACGUUUAUUUGUAAUCGGUUCUUUUCAAUGUUAGUUUCAAAUAUCUAUCAAAAAAUCAAAGUUAUUCCUCCCACUCCUACCAAUUUGUACUACUUCUGCAAAUCCAAAGAUUAUUCAUUUUGUUCUUUAUGAAAUGUUCUAACUUGCAUUGACCACCCGUUCCAGCUUUGUGCCCUAAGUAACCAGAUUCACUGAUUUUCUUAACAUUCAAAAUGUAGAUUACUCUUGAAUGUAGAGGAACUUCAAUGGAGGGAAUUACUGAAAACAACACAGGGCACAAUAUAAACAACAAAUAAAUAAUGCAGGAGCUGAAAAUCAGAAACUGAAACAUAAAAUGCUGGAAAUGUUUUGUGGGUUGGGCAGUUUCCGUGGAGAGAAAAUAGAUGAGAUCUUUAAUUGUUCAAACUGACCUACUUCCACAGUUCAAAUGUUGCCCAAAGCUUCAGGUCAAUGAUCUUUGGUCAAGACUAGAAAGUUUAAUGUUUUUUUUUCAGUUAGUACAAAGCUAAGGGAAGUGGUGAUGGAAAUUUGGGGUGUGUGUAAGGGUCGGGAGAGGGGGUGUUGUGGAGGGGAAGGAAACAAAAAAGAAGGUAGAAGUUUUUGAGAGAUUAAUACUAGAGCAAAAUAUGGUUGAAAGUCUCGCAGAAAAUGCUUGAAAACCCAACAGGGUUGGCAGUACCUACAAACAGAGUAAAUGUUUUAGAUCAACCUUUGUCAGAUUUCCAACGUUUUCCAUUUUUAUUAAUAAUUAAUUGACAACACAGUAAUUGUGCAAGUUAAAAGUUGGAGGGUAUGUAGUGGUGGAAAAUGAGACAAUUAAAGAAAUUAGUACAGAAAUUGAUGGAAAAACUCAUUAGCUGUGGCAGCAUCUGUGGAGAGAAAGCAGAGUUAACAUUUCAGGUCCAGUGAUCCUUGUUCAGGUUCUGAACCCAAAACAUCAACACGGUUUUAUCUUCGCAGAUGUUGCCAGCUCUACUGAAUUUCUCCAGCAGUUCCUAUUUUUGUUUCAGAUUUACAGCAUCCACGCUUGUUUCAUUAGGGCAGCAUAAUGGCUCAGUGGUUAGCACUACUGCCUCACAGCGACGAGGACGCAGGUUCAAUUCCUGCCUUGGGUGGCUGUCUGUGUAGCAUUUGCACCAGGUGCUCUGGUUUCUCCCACAGUCCAAAGAAGUGCAAGUUAUGUGGAUUGGCCAUGCUAAAUUACCCAUAGUGUCAAGGGAUGUGUAAGUUAGGUGGGUUAGCCAUGGAAAAUGCAGGGUUACACGGAUAGGAUAGGAGGGUGAGUCUUUUUGGAAUGCUGUUCAGAGUCAGAGUGGACUUGUUGAGCCAAACAGCCUGUUUCCACACUGUAGAGAUUCUAUGAACAAACUAGAUCAAGGAGUUGUAAAUGACAGAAACAAAUCUAUUACUUCUCCAACUUCCCAAAAUAAAAUCUGGGAACAGUAAUUGUCAAUGUAAAUACUGAUAUUUGUUUGAUACAGCAUCUCAAGCUAUUUUUCUCAGAUUGACAGGAAUUGCAACAUUUCUCUGCAAUGUGUACAUAAGAAAAGCAAAUCUGUCUUCAGUGCUGUUUUAGCAUGUGCCUGUAUUUGGGCAGAAAUGUAAUAUGAACCACAAGAGACUGAGACUGAGACUUCGAGCUUUUGCCUUGGUUUCUUCCAGGAAUCCUUUUUUAAUGGGUGACUACUGAAAUAAGAUUUGUCAUGCUGAGAGCCAUGGCUUUGGGAUAAAACAUUUACUGGAAUAGCUAAUUAUCAGAUAACAGAUUGAAUGGAAAAAGGACCAAAAUCAUUAUUAAUUCGAGAAAACUACAGUUUGCUGUUAUAAUUGAGCUUUAAAAAGCAUUAAUUAUAAUAGUAAAUGGGAAAUUUACAAAUUUCUACUGGACCCUUAAGAAAUGAAUUGCAAUGUUCUGCAGUUGAAACCAGAUAAAUUCUCUGAAUUUUAAGUUAUUGCCUCAAUUAUGUAUUCACAUAUUUGGUGGAAAGUGUACUGUGUUGUACAUUUUAAGCAUCUUCUAGCCUUUUUCAAAGCUACAUCUACCUAUUAAAAGGCAGUACGCGUAUGAUCCCCAUUCCAUAAAACUAAGAGCUUAGAAAUAACUUUAUUUUAUCAUGCAGAACUCAUUGUAAAUUGCUUUUCAGUAAGCAUUAGGCCCUUUAAAAAUGCAUAACAUUUUGAAUGUAAUAUAAAUAAAAGAGGAA